CGCGCGUGUUAUCUGUGAAAUGAUAACAAUAUUGACAUUACAGCAUAAAAAAAUAGAAAUUCCUGAAGAUAUAAAUGUUCUCGCAUUGUAUCGUAGAGUUAAUUUUAUAUGGUGCAGUUUAUUAGUCAAUAAACUAAUUUGUUCAGUGUCAAAUCGUUAAAAACAUGGCUGGAAAAGUGCAGACCGUUCUAGGAGAUGUAACCCCAGACCAGCUGGGUCACACUCUAACACACGAGCACCUAGCUAUGAACUUCAGCUACUUCUACACUCCUCCCCCCGAGAAGAUCGCCGACCAGUUCCAAGACACCCACAUGGGAAACGUGGGGUACAUCAGACAGUACCCAUACAGCUCUCAGUUCAAUUUGGAGUUAGGUGAUCAAGCCGCAAAGGAUGCAGUUUUGCAGGACGUCAAAAUGUUCAAAAGAAGUGGUGGUGGCACAAUCGUUGAAAAUUCCACAGAAGGUUUACAAAGAGCCGUUGGUUUCUACAAGCGGGUGUCCCAGGACACCUCCGUUCACAUUGUCGCCGGUUCCGGUUACUACAUAGCUGAUAUACAGCCCAAACUCAGCCAUAUCAGUGAAGAAGUGAUGUACGAACGAAUGUUGAACGAUAUGACUGAAGGUUUUGAGGAGGACAGCUCGGUAAAGGCAGGGUUUCUGGGCGAAAUUGCUAGUGGCUGGCCUUUGAAAGACUUCGAACGCAGAGCCAUCAAAGCGGCUGGUCAAGUGCAACUGCAGCUGGGGUGUCCAGUCAGCUUCCACCCGCACCGGUUGCCGGAUGCACCCUUCGAGAUCAUCCGGCUGUACUUGGAAGCCGGAGGGAAGCCGGACAAGGCUGUCAUGAGCCAUUUAGACCGUACCCUACAAGACGAGAGCAAACUCCUCGACUUUUCUGAUCUGGGAACCUACUGCCAGUUCGACCUGUUCGGCACAGAAGUGUCGUACUACCAGCUCAAUCCAUCAGUAGACAUGCCAUCGGAUGCUCAGCGGCUGGACAGGAUCGCCAUGUUGGUGCGAGAGGGACGGAGCGACAGGGUGCUCAUGUCACACGAUAUACACACGAAGCAUCGAUUGGCCGCGUUCGGUGGUCACGGCUACUCGCACAUCAUAAACAACGUGGUCCCGCGAAUGCCGGCGCGGGGAUUCGCUGAUGACGUCAUCCAGCAGAUCACUGUCCUCAACCCCGCCACUUGGCUCACUAUGAACUGAUUAGUAUACUACCGCCGCCACCCGACAAAAUGACGUUCUUUGAAAAUGAGCUUUAAAAUCCUGUGCUGUAGGUAUAUUUUACAUUGGCAAUAACAAGAUAAGAAAUUGAUGUAAUUUAUGUCUACUACACAGUAUAUAUUUUGUCUGUAUUUGUAUAAAUCAUCAUGUUUGUGUCUUAUGUAUAUAAAUAGAAAUAAUUCGUGUUGA